AUGCAGUCGCUGCUGCCUCUCGUGGCACUCGCCGCAUGGGGCCAAGUGACCCUCAUGGCUGCUGCUUCUUCAAGUGCUGCGGCUACGGCGACUGCAGUGGCAACCCGCGUGGGCAACGCGACGGACGACGCGAGGGCGCAGAUCACGUCGAAGGUCCACACGCCCGAGGACUUUGCGCUGGACGACGACUCCGAAGAGCGAGGACUUGCCGGCGAGACUGUUAAAAUUGCGGAGGGACUGUCGGGCUUGGCGAGUCGUCCGCUUUCCAACUGGAGGAGAGCCAUGGAGGCCGUGAAAAAGCAGCCAUUGCCUCCCAAAGAAAUGAAAACGUUUCUGCCUUCUGAGGAGGUACUCCCGGCACUUCGCACGCUCAAUAUACCCAUAAGGCAAUUCGCCGAGGGGAAAGGCGGCAAGUGGGUGCAGACAGGGGACGACUCGUGGAGGACAGCCUUUGGAGUGAAAGAAGGCGACCGUGUGACUGAUGCUACGGAGAAGGUGCUGGAGAAUGCGAGGGCCGCCAUAAAGAAGCACGCGGAAACUUACAAUCCGAAAACACGAAAGACAGAUCUGAGCCAGACGAAGGAUGAAAAAGUCUUAGGGGAGGAUGGCAAGAUCCUCGCACCGCUCGUUGGUCGAGAAAACCAAAUUUACCUCGACAAGGAUAAAAAAAUACGUGUGGUGACCUGCAGUGUCGUGGUAGAUAAAGAAGGAAAAGUCCUUCUCAUUAGCAGCUCGAACCCCGGAAAGAUUGAUGAUUGGCUUCUUCCCAAGGGCGGCUUGGAACGUACUGAUGAAACUGUGCCAGCGUCGGCGGAGCGUGAACUACUUGAAGAAGCAGGAGUCACAAGUGCAGCUCGUGCUUACAUCGGACCGAGGUAUGUCGAGGCGGGCGCGAAAGACAAAUACUACAUGCACGUUUUCAAAGUGGAAAGCCCGACUAAGCUUGAUAAGUGGGCGGAAAACAAGCGGCAGCGCAUAUGGGUUCCCUAUGCCGAUGCGAUCCGUCUCUUGAGGAAGAAACGUCCACAUCUGGCUGAGUUCGUGUACGAGGCUUCGAAGGUGAAAGCUACCGAGACGGUGAAGCACGCUUUGGCCCCUGCGUCGCCCAAGCUUAGCGCCAACUAG